AUGGCGAGACAAGCAAAUCCAGGUGAACUGGUGACACCCAUCAGGAAGAGCAGGAGAAUUGCUGGAAGGAGAAGAGGCGAAAUUGCAGAAUCGUCAAGGAUAGGCGAACGAAACAAUCAGCGUCAACAAAUUAGAUUUCAGAUCCAGCAAGUACAAGAGGCAAACGACCGCAUAGAUUAUGAUCAUGUGAGUGUUCAUACUGCAGAUACAGAUACAACAGAUGAAGAUGAACAAGGAACUGGGGACGGAGGACUAAUAGAAAAAAAUGAAGAAAAUAUGACAACAGAGGAGCUCCGACAGAGAUUAAUCGAGGAGAGAAUGAGAGAAGAAGAAGCAUGUGCGAACUUGACGCGUAAAAAUGAUGAACUUAGAGAAGAAAAUAACAGAUUGCAGGAGGAGCGCGUCAACCAUCGCUUAGAACAACAACAUGAUGAGGAUAGAUAUAUACAACAAGGCGAUUAUCACCGCAGAGGAGGAAAUCAUCAGCACGUGCAACAAGGCAAAAAUGAACGCACACACCAUGGUCGUGAAGAUGAGGCUGACGCAGAACAGGCAAGGAUGAUAUUGCAUAGCAGGGAAAUAUUACAAAAUCAACGCGAUCAAGAAGAAGAAGAUGAAAGACAAAGGGACAUCUGGAGAAAUGAAAGACAUGAAAGGAAUGCAAGAGACAUACGAAGGAGACGCAUAGAAGAAGCGGAGGAAAGAGAAAUACAAGAAGAAGGGAGAAAUAAUGACGCACAGGUACAUGCAAGGAAUGAAAGAGAAAGACGCAAGAUAAUAAGAGAGGAGGCUGAAGAAAGAGAAAUACUAGAAGUUGUGCGUCAAAACAAUCACGAUAACAGAUUAAUACACGCAAGGAUGACAAGACCUAUGCAACAAGAUGCAAACCAAGCAAUGAAUGAAACAAUCUUAAGAGAACUAGCCGAAGUAAGAGCGAUGAUGGACGCCAGGAAAGAUGGAUGA